AUGAGUGAUGACUUGCCGCAGGACAUCCGAAGAAUCAUUGCAGCGCAGACCGAAUCCACGACAUCAUUGCCAAAGUCAUUCACCUUGCCCGUGUUACCGAAAAUUGGCCAUUCUGAUAGCAGUAGUUCCCCUAGCAAAAGUGACAAGGUUAAAAGUGCCUCCAGUGAAGAUUCAAUAGUAUUGCCCCCUCUAACCGAGGGUAUCAGGAGAAUGCGUGUAGCUACACCCGCACGCUCUCGUCCAAUUCUUAAUCCAACAAUUGCCGCAAGUGAUUACGAGCUCAAUUAUUCUUCUAUAUCCGAUGAAGCAGUCCUCGGCUCCGCCGCCUCUUCUGGUGGAGGAAGAUUCAGCACUGAUAUUUCACAAAAUAAUAAUUUCGACAAAACCUUCGUAAUCCGGAAAGACACUCCAUUUUCUGAGGAUGCUAUCUCACAAGUUGAUCUCUCAUUCGCCACUAUUCCGGAUAGCCUUCCAGACAUACCUGGUCUUCAAAACGCUGUUGAUAAUCUUAGUAACCGACGUCUGACGAAUCUCCUGGAUGCAUGCAGGUUGUACGACCGCGAAUUACGAGGAUAUCUCAGCGUGCCAUCGCUUACGAAAUGCUUUGGAGAGGUCCAUGCACCAUCUUCACCUUGGCGAUUAUUUCUGCAAUCUCUAGCUCCAGAUGGCGAAUUUGUUGAAUACGAAAAACUCCUUGAACUGCUGAAUGCUAGCAGACACAAUGAGCACCUUGGCCCAACCAUUCCAGAGCUCAUCGUCUCGGCGGUAGACGAUAAUGUAGGUUCACUAUUUCGUCCAAGUACCAGCCAAGAGGAUCGCGAACGGACUCGAGCUCAGUAUCAGGUGAUGACCGAGAUUGAAGUCGCGCUCAUGCGGAAUCCUGAUCUCACGUUGGAUCGACUUAAGGUUGCUACGACCCAGAAAGUCAUUGAAGUAUCAGAAUUCAAGAUGUUGCUCGAACUGUAUGGACUUGAACCGUACUUUCGCCAUUUCUAUCAACGUCUCGUCUCCUGUUUUCUCACGCAUGACGAUAAAUUUUGCUUUUCCGCCUUUACUGCUUGCCUUGAACUGGUUCGGCCUCCACUGACUCAAUCAGCUCCUUUGCCACCACCGACUCCACUCUGGACGAAGCCGUCGUUACCUGUGAACAUCCGAGUUGGCUAG